AUGUCAUGCAGGCAACACGAACUUGAAGACGUCUACGAAAGACUAUCCUCUUUUCAGGUUUCUUUUCAUUUCCCUAAACACUUUUAUAAAAGAAUGUGGCUUUCCUAACGAGAGAAAGAAAUUUUCAAGAUACACAUCGAUCGUUCUGAAGAAUUGGAAGAUUUUUUUGUGAGCUGUCGAACGGAAGUUUUAGAAGUUUUGUUCGAAUCUCCGGAAGGCUGUUUAGUCGCGGCUCAGGCAGUAAAAUUUUUUUCGCGAUCAAAAGAUAACGAGAUAACUAUCAGGUGAUAUUUUAUUAUCUAUGAUUAUCAUUCAGUUAUUUUCCAGAUCGAAAAAAACGCUCAAAAAACUCCUAGAUGCAGUGCGAAAAAUGGAAAAUCCAAGCUUUAAGCUUGUCAUCGAUACUUCAUCGGCCGUGGUUGCAGUAAAUGUAUCAAAAAAAAAAAAAAUUAACAAGAAUAAUUGGAUCAAGGUCGAAUCAGAUUUUAUCUGUUCUUGGCUGGAAUUUUUCUGCAAAUUCAUUGUGGAUCACUCAGCGAAGGUCGACGUGAUCGAGAGUGUUCAGACGUUGACUGUCCUGCUUAGCCUUCUUUCUGAAAGAGGCGAGCGGUCUGGUGAGCGAUGGAGGAGAAAUAUUUAUUUCCCUCUUUUUCUGAAUAACGUCAUUUUUAUAUCUAUCUCAGCGAACGAAGUUUGGGUGCGAAGUUUGAUUUGCUUUUGCCGGGUCCUUCUUACGCACAAUUCGGAAAAACUCACAGAAACGUUGAGGUUUUCAGUGUGGAAUCUUGUAACGACUCUUUACAAGGUUUGAAACAUAUUAAAUAUUCGAGAAGGAACAAAUAUUUGUUCAGAUCUUCGGCUAUGAUUUUUUUAACAUCGAUGCGGAGUUUUUUGUUCUUCUCGCGAAACUAAAUGCUGUCGAAGUGCAAAUGGUUCUUCACGAUCCGAAAAAUGUAGACGUCCAACGGUUCAUCUUGCAUUCUUCGAUAUUAGAGGUUUUUUUUAUCAUUGCUAUAUUUUUCAAAAUAAUCGGCUUUCCGCUAUUGAUCAAUAUUCUAAUUCAGGGGUUCAAUCUCUGUAUUGAGAGUGAACCAAGUUCAUCUCCUAGCGAACUUGAGGCUGUAGAAAAAUGUCACAUGGAAGCGGCUCAAGGGGUUUUUUCUUGUGAACCUUAGUACUUUAAAAUUGACUCUGAUUUUUUUCUCAGAUAGUCUCCGCGAUUCGAUAUAUUGUUGAGUUUUAUUUGCUCUCUGUUCAAGUUGAAGAAGACAUUUCGGACGAGGUAUUCAAUACUUAUUUGACUUGAACUUUUUGAAAUCCCUAGAUUUCUCUGGAGCUCUGGAAAUUUUGUGUGGACCUUCUUCGGAAUGGCCAAGCUGCGGUUUUGAAAAGCGACACUCUCAGAAAGGUUAAACCAGUGAUGUGCUCGAUUUAAAGUCAAAUCUUCAGAUCACACCGAUUUUGAUUCAAAAAAUGAAUGCGAUAAACAUUUCCAGCAGCUCUUCUACAGACGUAAUAGUCGAUUAUCAACGCGUAUUUUUGGACGUCUUGCCUGAUUUGCCCGUUUUGACAGCAAUUACUCCGGUGGUUUUCGUAGAACUUAUCGCUAAAAGAUACGAAAAUCAUAAAGAAGACUGGAUAGAAAUCUUCUUUGAGGUCAGUUUUUCAAUAUAUGAAUUAGAUGUACAACAGCUUGGAAAGAAAUAAGAAAUGGAGUAAAUAUUUGCUUUUUUAACUGUUUCAGUAUCGAAAUGGCUUUGAUAAUCUCUCGAAAAACUAAGAAUUAUCUCAUGAAUACAUAUAGCUACUUUUCUGAGGUAUCAGGAGUAAUCUGAUGACGAAUAGGUAUUCAUAGACAUUAAAAUAGUCGAUGAGACCGUAAAAUUUCGUUCCCACGGCUUUAAAGCGAUGUCGCUGGAGAGCCAAUAUCGCUUUUCUUUUUCGAAGAAAGUUUGGACCUAAUUUAACUAUAUUGCAGGGGUUUCCAUUCAUAUAUGAUAACUUGCGAAUCUUCAGACCUUUAUGGUGUUCGAAAGUCUGAAGGAACGCAAAGAUUGGUACACAAAAGAGACGUUGGCAGCGGCUUGCAAAAGAUUGGCUUCCAUCCCUAACAAGGAGGUCGUCCGUUUGAACGAUCUUUUUGAGGAACUCCGCUCUAGGUGAAUUUUUUUUUCUUCAGCCUGGUCUGUUUGAAGGAUUUUGGUUUUUAUGUACUAAAAAUGGUAAUGAGAGCUUUCUAAUCGGAGAAGUUUCCCUAAAACUAACGAAAUUGAUUAUAUUUUUCGCUAGCAACGUCAACGAAACACGUGGCAUUGCGUUUAUAGUUUUUUAAACAAAAGUUCGCAAAGAAACACGUUCAAAAUUUUCAAAAAAUUUAACCCAAUUAACUUUUUCGAAAAGUCUCAGUCCCAGUAAACUAAGAAAAUCCGAACGAAAAAUAUUUAAAAAAAAUAGCUUCCUCAAAGGCAGACAGUUAGAGAAGGCUAUAUUAACGCGCAGGAUGAUGGCUUCGUGA